CCUGAACAACGCGGGCAAACGCACGAGGCUAGCGGCGGCAACUUGCUCGGGCGGGGCUCGCCGCGUUUUUUCCCCUUUCCCUCUGAAGCCCGGGGCCCAAUCAUGGUGGGGUUCAGAGGAUUGAGGGAAACUUUUUUUUUCUCCUUCGAGGACAUGUUUGUUGUUCACGGCUUCUCGACUGUGUAUUUCGUUUCCCCACACGAAUAUAUAUCUCUUCCUUCGAGUGUUUUGUUCGAACAACCCCGCCAUCCCCUUGCUAUUGCUGAGACAAGUCACCCCGCCAACCACCACAAUGGUCGAGAAACUCUACGUCACGUAUAACGAUGUGCACAAGUUGUGCCAGGAGGCUGCGCCGCAGAUCCUGGCCGAUUUCAAGCCGCAACUGAUGAUCGCCAUAGGCGGCGGCGGUUACGUGCCAGCGCGGAUCCUCCGCUCGUUCCUCAAGCAGCCCGGCAGCCCCAACAUCCCGAUCCAGGCCAUCGGCCUCUCGCUGUACGAGCAGCUAGCCGGCGCCACCGACACGGAGGUCGAGGCCGCCGGCACCAAGGUCACGCGCACCCAGUGGCUAGACCUGACCGCCCUGGGCGAGAUGGCUAACCUGGUCGGCAAGCGCGUGCUGAUCGUCGACGAGGUUGACGACACCCGCACCACGCUCGAGUACGCCGUCAAGGAGCUGCAGAAGGACGUCGAGGAGGCCCGCGAGAAGAUCGGCAGCGAUCUCAAGACCGAGUUUGCCAUCUUUGUCCUGCAUAACAAGGACAAGAAGAAGAAGGGCAUCCUGCCCGAGUCCAUCAUGGACGGCCGGUACCUGGCCGCUCGGACGGUCGGCGACGAGUGGAUCUGCUAUCCGUGGGAGGCCAUGGACAUUGACGAGCACGACAGCAACUCGGCCGCGGCUAAAGCUAAGAACGGCCUGUGAGGGACACUCAAGGGAAACAAAAACAGAGGAAUAAAAACAGCCUGCAGCACGCCGUACAUGGUAGGUAUAAACGCGGCGCAAUUUGGGUCACCCGCGCCCGCCACCUCGAAGCUCAAGAGGCGUCGCGGCGUCGGGGAUAUAUAUUCCCAUGAGGCAGUUGGUCGGGCACUCGGCGGAGUGUGUUGACAAUGGUGAGCAUUAUAGCGGAGUUAUUGGGCGGGAAGCAUGUUGCGACAACACUUUGGGGGUCGCACAGCAGGUCUGGGUUUCGGGAUAGACAGAGGGGUGACGCGAGCAGUGUCGAUAACGCUCGUGGAUAAAAUACCAUAUCAUACCUGAC